UUGAGGAUCGACCACGAGGACAUUAGGGAUUUUCCCGAUUAUACAUAUGAUCCCUUACCGCCGGACAAGAAAAGAAUACGUCUCAUGAAGCUCUACUCCGGUGAAGUUUGGGGCACCAAGAUUUAUUGCGAACUAGUCGAGGUCGAGUACGACAAAAAAUUCCAUAUUCCUACCGAGAUCAAGGAGGGUGAGGCGGACAACGAUGCGAUCAGAUUUUUGAAAGGAAAUGACGGGAAGGAGGAAAAACAGAAAGAGGACUUUGACAAACUGGUUAAGGAAUGGGAGAAUGUCGAUGGCAGGAAGAUCCAAUACGAGGCACUGUCCUGGUCCUGGGGCGAAGGCGAAGAAGUCUACGCCAUUCUGAUUAAGAAGGGUAACGAUACUUUUAAGAAGCCGGUGAGGAAAGCCCUGGCUCUUGCCCUCAAGUAUCUCCGGCGCCCUGGCAAACCUAGGACAUUGUGGAUCGACGCCAUCUGCAUCAACCAGAACAGCCCGGGAGAACGAAAUCACCAGGUUCAGAUGAUGUCUAGGAUCUACACCAGAGCGCGGCAGGUAUGUAUUUGGCUGGGGGAGGCUGACGAGGACAGUGAGAUCGCCAUAAAGUUCAUCAAGGAGGAGAUUAUGGAACUGAAAAACUUCGACAGGAUUUCGUCAAAUGAGCGAUACAGCCAGAAGUGGCAAGCACUGAUGUCCCUUAUGCAGCGGGAUUGGUUUUUUCGACGAUGGGUAGUACAGGAGAUUGCAUUGGCCGGUGCGGCCACGGUCUACUGCGGCCCUCACUCGAUCCCAUGGAAAUCGUUCGCAGUGGCCGUGGAGCUCUUUGUUGAGGUUGAGACGGCUACCCACCGUCUCUCUGAAGUCAUGAAGAGGGACGAGAAGUUUCGCCACGUGCCAAACUACUUCGAGUACGUUUCUGAGCUAGGAGCUAGUCUUCUAGUACAGGCGACAGGGAAAGUAUUCAGAGUCAACCGAUCGCCAAUGCGGCCGGAGUCGGACAGCUCGGCGAGGAAAAAAACAGAGAAGCGCCAAAUCCUUGACCGCCUUCGCGAGACACAAACCAUUGACCCGCUGGAGAGAAGGAGCUUGCUCAGCCUUGAAUUUCUUAUAUCAACCAUGUUCAUCUUCCAGGCCAGUGAGCCACGGGACGUCGUUUAUUCGCUGCUUGCUAUCGCCAGAGAUGCAGCACCCUUUGCUCCAGCCCAAUUAGGACAGGAUGAUCAGAAGCUUUAUCUUGUUAUGACGCUCCUGGAUCGCUUCCUUGCCGAGAAGCCUUUUACGGUUGACUACAGCCGACCAUUUUCCGACAUAUGUCGAGACUUUGUAGAAUUCAGCAUUAAACAAACCCACAAAGCCAAUCCCCAACAAGCACUCGACAUCUUGUGUCGUCCAUGGGCCCCGGACCCUCCAAAGGGAAUGUCGAUCCGUCUGCAGAACAAAGAUCGCAUAAAAAAAACCGAUGAGAAGAGAUUGGGCCCACCGCGUAGGAAGUGGAAGAGGCGGCUUGACAGGCGUGUGGAAGAAUACCAAGGGACGAAUUCGGACGACUUCGAAGAUGUCAACUGUAGAGCUAGAUUCAAAUACGCCCCAGACCCACAAGUUGCCGAUGGCAAGGCUUGGGAGGUGGACAACCGCGAAACUGCGGCUUACUUCGCCGAGGUUACAAAAAAGGAGAACUCUGGCUGGCCAGUAUGGAGGAAGCGCGGAGAUGCAGAGUUGGAAAUGUAUUCCGAUAGUUCAUGGAAGCCUUCGCCUGGCUGGGAGUGGAUAAAGUUUAGGUACUUCCCAAACCCAAACACUAUCCCGGACGUGGAGCCUCUUCCAAGCUGGGUUGCACGGGCCUCACAAGCUCCAUUUAUGCUCGAUCAUGCGCCGGGCAUGGAGAUGCGCAAGACGAGUCGUGCGAACGCCGAACCUCUCGUUGGAGCGCCACAAGAUGGUCGCCGCAAUUACAACGCCGCAGGCCCGGAAAAGCUAGACCUUGACAGGCUUAUUUUUAAGAAGCGGCCAGUACUCGGGCACUACAGUCUUUUUGUGGAAGGAUUUGAGCUCGAUGAAGUCACAGAUGUGGUAGACGCUUCACAGUUGGGGGGCAUUCCCAAGGCCUGGCUUGAGUUAGGCGGAUGGGUAGACUUCGACCAAGACCCCCCGGACGACUUCUGGAGGACCAUCGUGGCUGACAGAGGCCGGGAUAAUCGAAACCCACCCUAUUAUUAUGCUAGGGCGUGCAAAGAAUCCGUGCAUAAGGGUGGUACCAUGGGCGGCAGCGUCAACACUAUGGCCCUUAUCAACAACGAACAGAGUUCUAUCGUGGCCGAGUUCUGCCGGCGAGUUCACGCUGUUAUUUGGAAUCGCUCUCUGUUUAGGACUAAAGAUAAACGGCUUGGGCUCGCACAGAAUGUGAAGGCGGGGGACAAAGUAUUUAUCUUGAAGGGAUGCACUGUUCCCGUCGUUCUCUCCAAGAACAAGAAGUCGUCACCUCGACUAGAGGUUGAGCUAGAGCAGGAAGAAGACAGGAUAGAGCUCCUGAAAGCUCUUAUCCGGAAAGCUAUGUUUCGGCGCGAGCGCAAGUUUAAAUAUAAGGCCGUCUCUAAGGACGCACAAGACGCGGAUACGAAAGCCGCCGCCGAGCAGAAACUUCAAAAAUCUAUGUCGAGGAGGGAUAACGCCUUUCAGAGAUUAAAGAAUGACGUCGAGGAGGAAAUGAGGAACGAGGACGCAGCGAAAGAAAAGGCAGCGGACGUCGUGGACGACACACCUCUACUACCUAGGACUCCACCAGGGUCAGAGACGAAGAAGGGAGCGGGGAAGCAUAGCGAGAAGGAGAAAGACAAGGGACCGCAAUGCUGGUAUCAGUUUAAAGGUGAGUGCUACCUUCAUGGUAUGAUGGAUGGAGAGGCGAUGCGGAAGAAGUUUAAUGACCAAACGGAGUACCAGACUUUAGAGUUACGUUAA